AUGAGUGCAGCGGGCUGGGUACUCCUGGGGCUCGCUCUGAGGUUUAGGGCCAUCCUUGCUAAGCCAGAGGAGGGCAACUUUUGCUCUAAGAGCCAGGUGGCCUUCAGAGAUGCUUGCUAUGAAUUUGUGCCAUUCAGACGCACCUUCCGUGGUGCCCAGAGCUGGUGUGAGGAGCAAGGAGGCCAUCUGGUCUUCAUUCGUGAUGGAGACACUCAGCAGUUCCUGCAGAAGCACAUCUUGCAGGACAGGGAGUGGUGGAUCGGACUCACAGGGAACUGGGCACAGAACGGAACUACAGAAGGUCCGGGGACCUGGCUGGACACCUCAAAUGUGAGCUACAGCAACUGGCGCAGAGGGCUGGCCGCACCUGCCCCCGACACCUGCGGCUACAUCGGGAGAGGCCCUUCCUCCGAGUGGGCGGCCACAGCCUGCACGCAGGCCUUCGCCUUCAUCUGCCAGCUUGGGGUUGGCCAGAGCCUGGCCUGCGAGGGCCUCAAUGCCACCAUGCACUGUGGCUCGGGGGAGGUCAUCCAGAUCCAGGAUGCCUUCUACGGGCGCCAGACCCCCCAUUAUUGCACCCAGGAUGCUGGGCGUCCCUUGGACCUGGAGGAGGAAUGCAGCUGCGUCAGCGUCAAGGACGAAGUGGCAGGCCAGUGCCAGGGGCUGCAGGCAUGCCAGGUGGCGGCAGAUGGGACCUACUUUGGAGACCUGUGUCCAUCUCGGGGCAGCUACCUGUGGGUGCAAUACCAGUGCCGGGAAGGCCUGCAGCUGAUGGUGUCCAAUGAGAGUUUUAUCUUCGACAACAUCACCAUCUCCCUGACAUGGCUUCUCUCCCCCUAUAUCGGAAACCUGUCCUGUAUAAUUAGUACGGGAGAUGGCCACACUUUUGAUCCCUACUACCCUCCCAGUUUGUCCAGCAACGUCACCCACCAGUUCACGUCUCCCGGGGAAUUCACCGUGUUUGCUGAGUGCACAACCAGCGAGUGGCAUGUGACAGCUCAGAAGCAAGUGACAAUGCGAGACAAGAUGGAGAGGCUCAGUGUGACUGGAUGCUCUGGCCUGUCCAAGUCAGGAGCCAGCCCCCUCUGCCAGGCUGUCUUUGGGGAUCCUCUGUGGAUUGAGGUGGAGCUCGAUGGAGGAAUGGAGGUGACUUAUACUGUGCUUUCCGGCAACAUAACCCUUGCUGAGUUCAACACCCAGUGGGGCUCUCUACCAUACAAUCUGACCCUGGACAGAGAAACCCAGGAACUGAUGGGCCCUGGGAUGCACCCCCUGGAGAUUCGAGCCGUCAGCAACACCACCUCUGCACCCUCUAGAAACAUCACAGUCCACUUCGUGCAGCCCCUGUCAGGGUUGCAGGCCUCCUGGGCUUCUAACCAUUUGGAGCUCGGACAGGACCUAUUGAUCAAUGUCUCUGUGGUUCACGGCAUCCCAGAGAAGCUGACCUUUGAGGUGGCAGGACUCAACACAACCUUCUCCCAGGAAGAAGAGAGCUUUGGGCAACCAUUUGGGAUGUAUCAUGUGACAGUUCCUGUUGAAGGCACCUUUCUGGUCACUGUGCGCAUGCAGAAUGCCUUCUCAAACUUGAGUUUGGAUAUUGGAAGCGUCACUGUCACAGCCCCUGACAGUCUCCAAGAACCAUCUGGAACAAAUGCUGAAGAAAAGAAUGGAGACAAAGACGAUGUGGAGGUGUACGUUGAACCUGGUCUGUACGUGGAUCCUUUCACGACAGUGACCCUGGGCUGGCCAGACCACGACAAGGACUUACAUUUCCAGUGGUCAUGUGGGCGUUGCUGGGCUCAGUGGAGAGACUGUGUUGAGAGGCAGCUGCUCCGCGCAGACCAGAGGGAGCUGGUGCUUCUACCGUCCUGCCUGCCGCCGCCUACCUCUGCUGUGACCCUGUGCCUGGCCGUCCUCAGAGGCCAGGAGCUGGAGAACAGGACAGAACGGUGUCUCUAUGUGUCGGCUCCCUUGGAACUCAGGCCUCGAGUCAGUUGUGAGAAGAACUGUGGGCCAGUGAAUGCUGAUGAAGACGUCCUGCUCAGGGUCACCAUGGGAGACAACUCACCAGUGGCCACAUUCAGCUGGUAUAUAGAUGACACUUCGCCAGAGAAGGCCACACACCUCCCGGAUGUGUGCAGACUCUCAGGCUUUCGGCCAAGCUCUCUAACCCUCCUUCAGAGCAACACGUCCACGCUGCUGCUGAACAGCUCCUUCCUGCAGACCUGGGGAGAGGUCAUCCGAAUCAGAGCCACAGCACUGACCGAGCACGCCUAUGGGGAGGACACCUACGUGAUCAGCACUCUGCCUCCCCCCGAGGUGCCCGCCUGUGCCAUUGCCCCAGAGGAGGGCACUGUUCUGACGAGCUUUGCCAUCUUCUGCAACACCUCCAUGGCCCUGGGACCCGUGGAACACUGCUUCUGUCUGGAAUCAGGCUUCUGCCUACACUGUGGUCCUGAACCUGCCCUCCCAUCAGUUUAUCUGCCCCUUGGAAAAGAAGACAAUGACUUUGAGCUUACCAUGGUCGUUACUGUCACCAAUCACGCAGGGAACAGACAGCAGACCCGUGUGGUGAUUAAGGUGGGACCCGGAGACACGCAUAUUGAGGAUGUGGCAUUCCAAGCUGCUGUGUCGGAGAAACUCACUGUCGCUCUGCAAGGCGAGCAUGGCCCUGAACAGCUCCUCCAGCUGGCCAAGUCCCUGUCCUCUGUGCUGAACCAGGAGUGCCAGGGCCAGAACUCCAGGCAGCCACUGAGCAUGGACACCAGACGCAAGGUCAGAGAGCGUCUGCUGGGGUUGCUGUCUGCGGUUACCACCAGCCUGGAGGAUGUGCAGAGGGUUUGGGGGCUGGCUGAGGUGCUGAGAGAGGUGACCCACCGCAGUGAGGAGCUCACAGGCUUGGCCCAGCGGGAGGCCAGCCAGACUUUGGAGCUUGCCAGUGAGGCCCUAUUGACAGUGAGUGCCAAGGCCCAUCCUGAGGACCAGAGGUACCAGGCAGCCACCAGGGACCUGUUUCAGGCUGUGGGCAGUGUGCUGGAAGCUUCCUUGAGCAAAAGGCCAGAAGAGCCUGCAGAGGCCAAUGGCAGCCAGACUGCCACUGUGCCACAGCUGCUCCGAGUUGCGGAGCGUGUGCAGACUGCCCUCCUGCUGGGGACACUGCCUGGGGGCCUUCCAGCCACACUGGCCACCCCCUCCAUCUCUGUGUACACACACAGAAUACGAGGACGGAGUUGGCGCGGCUCCUCUGUGCACAUGCCUGCUGCUAAUGCUGCUGCCUUCACUCUGCCUACCGCCUCCUCCCUCGGCUCUGGGGAGGACAGCCAGGAGCCUGUGGACAUAAGGAUGAUGAGCUUCCCAAAGAGCCCCUUCCCAGCCCGAGGUCACUUUGAUGUCAGCGGAACUGUUGGUGGCCUCCGUCUAACCAGCCCUAGUGGACAGCUCAUUCCUAUGAAGAAUCUAUCGGAGAAUAUUGAGAUCCUGCUGCCCCGCCUUCCUGAAGGACACAGCAAGCCGACCAUGUUGAAUCUGACCAGUCCUGAAGCUUUGUGGGUGAACCUGACUUCUGGGGAGGCAGCUCUGGGGAUCCAGCUGCACUGGAGACCUGGCAUUCCACUCACGCUCAGUUUGGGCUAUGGCUACCACCCCAACGAGACCAGCCACGAUGCCCAGACUCACCUUCCACCAACGGCUGCUCCAGAUGAGCUGUUCACGUGGAUCCUGAGCCCAGAGGACCUGCAUUUUGGGGAAGGUAUCUACUAUUUGACUGUGGUCCCUGAGUCUGACCUGGAGCCAGCCCCUGACAGGAAUCUCACAGUUGGCAUCACCACCUUCCUGUCCCAUUGUGUGUUCUGGGAUGAGGCCCAGGAGACUUGGGACAACUCCGGGUGCCAGGUGGGGCCGCGGACGACCCCCUCCCAGGCACAGUGCCUCUGCAGCCACCUUACGUUUUUUGGAAGCACGUUCCUGGUCAUGCCCAAUGCCAUUGACAUCCGCCAGACUGCUGAGCUCUUUGCCACCUUUGAGGACAACCCCGUGAUUGUGACCACCGUGGGCUGCCUCUGUGUGGCCUACAUACUGGUGGUGAUCUGGGCGAGGAGGAAGGAUGCUCAGGAUCAGGCCAAGGUGAAGGUCAGAGUGCUGGAGGACAAUGAUCCCUUUGCCCGGUACCAGUACCUGGUGACAGUCUACACCGGACACCGGCGAGGGGCAGCCACGUCCUCGAAGGUGACUGUCACCCUGUAUGGCCUGGAUGGAGAGAGUGAGCCCCACCACCUGUCAGACCCCAACACCCCAGUUUUUGAGCGAGGAGGAGUGGAUGUCUUCCUGCUCUCUACCCUGUUUCCCCUGGGGGAACUGCGGAGCCUCAGGCUGUGGCAUGACAACUCAGGGGACCGGCCAUCCUGGUACGUGAGCCGGGUGCUGGUCUAUGACCUGGCAAUGGACCAGAAAUGGUAUUUCCUCUGCAACUCGUGGCUGUCCAUCGACGUCGGAGACUGCGUCCUUGACAAGGUGUUUCCAGUGGCCACAGAACAGGACAGGAAGCAGUUCAGCCACCUGUUUUUCAUGAAGACCUCCACAGGCUUCCAGGAUGGACACAUCUGGUAUUCCAUCUUCAGCGGCUCUGCUCGGAGCAACUUCACCCGCGUCCAGAGGGUGUCCUGCUGCUUCUCCUUGCUCCUUUGCACCAUGCUGACCAGCAUCAUGUUCUGGGGUGUCCCGAAGGACCCAGCUGAGCAAAAGAUGGACUUGGGUAAAAUUGAAUUCACUUGGCAGGAAGUGAUGAUUGGGCUGGAGAGCUCUGUCCUCAUGUUCCCCAUCAACCUCCUGAUCGUUCAGAUCUUUCGAAAUGCCCGUCCUCGGAUCCCUAAGGAGCAGAACCCUGGGAAAGGCGACCGGGGAUCUCCCAACCUGACUCCAUCACCACAGCCCACGGAGGAUGGCCUUCUGACACCCGAAGCAGUGACCAAGGAUAUGUGCAGACUCGUCAGUUCACUGUUUAAAGCUCUGAAGGUUCCAUCCUCUGCCUUGGGCUGGGACUCUGUGAACUUGUUGGACAUCAACGAUCUCCUGGCCUUGGUGGAAGAUAUCAUUCGUCCACAGAACAUGGCAGGGCAGGUGUUCUGGGAGGAAGUCAGAAAGAGAGAGGACCCUUUAACACUCACUCUUGGGUCUACACAACUGAAAGAGAAAAUGUGCUGCCCCAAGCCCCAAGAGGCGCCGAAUGGCCCUUGGAAGGACAAUGCCUUCAGGCAGUGUCUCUACUUUCAGCUGGAGCAGGUGGAACAGGAGCUGCGGCUGGUGGGAGCCCAGGGCUUCCCCCAGCAUCACAGCUACGCCCGGGCCCUCAGGCAGCUGCAGACCCUGAAGGGCUGCCUCGGGGGACAGCCAUGUACCCCAGCCCUGGAACAUACCAGAGCUUCUCGGAUGAGCAGGCCCCCUCGCGGCCUGCCCUGGUGGUGUGUCCUGGUGGGCUGGCUCCUGGUGGUGGCCACCAGCGGUGUGGCGGGCUUCUUCACCAUGCUGUACGGUCUGCACUAUGGGCGGGCCAGCUCCCUCAGGUGGCUAAUCUCCAUGGCCGUGUCCUUCCUGGAGAGCGUGUUUGUCACCCAGCCUCUGAAGGUGCUCGGCUUCGCUGCUUUCUUUGCGCUAGUCUUGAAGAAGGAAGAGGAUGAGGAGGAGACUGCAGGCCCCCUGCUGGGGCAUCUGUCUGGUCCAGACCCCCAGGCCUUGUUCCGAGCACGGAGAAACAGCAGCAAGGACGUCUACCGGCCUCCGCUCGCCACUGCCCUGGAGAAGAUGAGAACCGCUAACCUCAAGGAACAGAAAGCAUUUGCCCUAAUCAGAGAAAUCUUAGCCUACCUGGGCUUCCUGUGGAUGCUGCUGCUGGUAGCCUAUGGGCAGAGGGACCCCUGCGCCUACCACUUCAACAGGCACCUCGAGCACAGCUUCACCCGAGGCUUUUCAGCCGUGCUGAGCUUCCAAGAGUUCUUCGAGUGGGCAAACACCACCCUCAUGAACAACCUGUACAGUCAUUACCCAGGCUUUAUCACUGAUGGGAACUCCAAACUGGUUGGCAGUGCCCAGAUUCGCCAAGUGAGGGUCCGGGAAAGCUCUUGCCGUCUUGCCCAGCAGCUGCAGUCUUCCUUAAACGGAUGCCGUGCACCAUAUUCCUGGGAUGUAGAAGACCUGGCGGACUAUGGGGAAGGCUGGAAUGCCUCCACCCUCAAUAACAGCAGUGGCUUUCCCCAGGCUUGGCAGUACCAGAGCCAGAGCCAACGUCGAGGUUAUCCCACCUGGGGCAAACUCACUGUGUACCGGGGGGGAGGCUAUGUGGUCCCCUUGGGGACUGAUCGCCAGAGCACAUUGAGGAUUCUCCAGUACCUCUUUGACAACACCUGGCUGGACACCCUGACCAGAGCCGUGUUUGUGGAGUUCACCGUCUACAAUGCCAACGUCAACCUAUUCUGCAUUGUCACGCUGACGCUAGAGACCAGCGCCCUGGGAACCUUCUUGGCGCAUGCGGCCCACCAGAGCCUCCGCCUGUACCCCUUCACUGACGGCUGGCAUCCCUUCGUGGUGGCAGCGGAGCUGCUUUACUUCCUCUUCCUCCUCUACUACAUGAUGGUGCAGGGUAAGCUCAUGAGAAAACAGAAGUGGGGCUAUUUCUGCAGUAUGUGGAACCUUCUGGAGCUGGCCAUCAUCCUGGCCAGCUGGAGCGCCCUGGCAGUGUUUGUGAAGAGAGCCAUCCUGGCAGAGCGUGACAUCCAGCACUACUGGAACCACAGGGAGGAGGGAAUCAGCUUCAGUGAGACAGCAGCAGCCGAUGCCGCCCUUGGCUACGUCAUUGCCAUCUUGGUUCUUCUGUCCACAGUGAAGCUCUGGCAUCUGCUCAGGUUGAAUCCCAAAAUGAACAUGAUCACAUCAGCACUACGCCGUGCCUGGGGUGACAUCUCAGGCUUUGUCAUUGUCAUCAUUAUCAUGCUCCUGGCUUACUCCAUGGUGUCAAACUUAAUAUUUGGUUGGAAACUCCUUUCCUACAAAACCCUCUUUGAUGCUGCCGAAACUAUGAUCAGCCUUCAGCUCGGAAUCUUCAACUACGAGGAGGUCCUGGACCAUAGCCCAGUGCUCGGCUCCUUCCUGAUUGGGUCCUGCAUCGUUUUUAUGACUUUUGUGGUACUGAAUCUGUUUAUCUCUGUUAUCCUGGUGGCCUUCAGUGAGGAGCAAAAAUACUAUCAGCUGUCAGAGGAAGACGAGAUCGUCGAUUUGCUGCUGAUGAAAAUACUCAGUUUCCUGGGAAUUAAAUGUACAAGAGAGAAGCCUCGAAGCAGCAGUGAGCAGCCCACGUCACUGUCUGUGGCUUGGUCCCCUCAACCCACACAAGCUUUGCCCAAGGUUUAA